AUGGGUGAAGCUCCUUCCCGUGCGCACACAUUCAAGUACAGUAAAGUGGUCAACAGCUGCAAUCCCCAGUGGAACGAUGACUUCGCCUUCAGCAUUCCCCAGAACUCAUACGGCCUCAUGCUUCAUCUGGCAGUGUACCACCACAACGCCUACAAGGCCAAGAACG